CAGAGAAAGAGAGCUCUUCGCGACAUACCAUUCUUUUUUCUCCUUCGCCCACCAACCCCUUCACGUUACGAAUUCUUUACCAUUGAUUUUGACAUUGCGCCAAAUUGAGCGCAUACUAAGCGAGCCAUGGCGAAGACGAAGCUCAAGAGUGCGCUCGAUCAGUACCGGGGACGCAACAUCCGCUUGGAGAAGCAAAGGAAGAAGGAGAAGGCCGCCAGGAAGAGGAAGGAAUUGAACAACCCUGAAGAAGCUGCCUCGGACGAUGGAGAGGACGGUGGCAUUGCGCUCGAGAGCCAGGUCCAGGAAGAAUUGAACAAGUCGGCGAAGAAGGAGAAGGCCACGAAGAACGGUGCUACCAAGAAGAAGGCCGCUAAGGCUGCGGCGGCGGCGGAGCCUGCGGAGCCUGAAUGGGAGACGGAUGAGGAUGAGAACGAGGAGGGUAGCGAUGUUGAUGACGAUGACAUGCCAGAUAGGCCUACGAUCGAUCUUGCCAGGCUCGAGUACAGCGACAGCGAGGGUAGCUCUGAUGAUGACGAUGAGGAGGAUGAAGACCCCGAGGCCGAAGAGGAUGAUAUUCCUCUCUCGGAUAUCGAGUCGCUUGCGUCGGAGGACAAGGGUGAUGUUAUCCCUCACCAGCGUCUUACCAUCAACAACACCACCGCCCUUACUGCGGCAUUGAACCGUAUCUCGCUGCCGUACUCGAAGCUUGCCUUCUCCGAGCACAUGGCCAUCACCUCCGACGAGCCUACCGAGAUCGAGGAUGACGAGGACGACCUCAACCGUGAACUCGCUUUCUACAAGCAGUCCCUUGCGGCCGUCAAGGAUGCUCGUGACAAGUUGAAGAAGGAGGGUGUGUCUUUCAGCCGACCUGCGGACUACUUCGCCGAGAUGGUCAAGUCGGAUGAACACAUGGGCAAGAUCAAGCAGAAGUUGGUGGACGAUGCUGCGGGCAAGAAGGCAGCUGCAGAGGCUCGACGUCAGCGAGACCUGAAGAAGUUCGGCAAACAGGUGCAAACAGCAAAGUUGCAGGAGCGAGCCAAGGAAAAGCGUGAUACGAUUGAGAAGAUCAACCUCUUGAAGAGAAAACGACAAGGCGCGGAGGUCACCAACACCAAGGAGGAAGACUUAUUCGACGUCGAGCUCGACAAGACCGAGAUGGACGCGCCUUCGUCGCGUGCUGAUCGCCGCAACCAGUCCGGCCAGGCCAACCACAAGCGCCAGCGAAAGGACGCAAAGUACGGCUUCGGAGGCAAGAAGAGGCACUCCAAGAGCAACGACGCCAUCUCCAGCGCAGAUGGACGUGACUUUUCGCAUAAGAAGAUGAAGGGCAAUGCUUCCAAGCAGAGGCCUGGAAAGAACAGGAGAGCCAACGCCAGGUAAACAAUCAACUGAAUGAUGGAUGAAAGGAUGGAUGAUAUCCGGAAAGGUGGAAAGAUCAGUGGAAAUGCAUCUCAUGGCGUUCUGGGUGUUGUGUUUCUCCGAAUCGAGUAAAAAAGAGCCUAGCUUCUGCCCUAUAUCUGUAUCGUGGGGCUGCUACUAUAGUGUGUAGUACAAAGAAUCAAUCAAAUAUGCGCU